GGUACCCCCAGCCACCCUACUAUGCCGGGGGGUACCCACAGCCCGGGGGAUACCCUGCAGCAGGGGGGUACGCACAGCCAGGGGGGUACCCAGCAGCAGGGGGAUACCCCCAGCCGGGGAUGGCCAUGCCCACCAUGCCUGUUCGGUUCAGUGACGACGGCAUUGGGGAUGGCUCCCCGCUCCAGUCAUCUGACUGGGAUGACAGGAAAGUCCGGCACACCUUCAUCCGCAAGGUCUAUGCCAUCAUCUCCCUGCAGCUACUGGUGACGGUGGGGAUCAUCGCCGUGUUCACUUUUGUCUCUCCUGUCCGCUCCUUCGUCCAGAGGAACGUCGCCAUCUACUACGCCUCGUACGCCGUGUUCGUGGUGACCUACCUGGUGCUGGCCUGCUGCCAGGGUCCCCG